UUAAUGUGCAUUAAUCCAAUAUAGUAUGAUGUAUGUGACCGAAUUCUAAUAGUUAAACGCUAAUAGUUAAACACAUGUUUAAGCAUAUGUAUAGCUACAUUCUUCGUAAGUAUUAUAUACACGCAUGACACAUAUGUAUCAUGUAUGUGUAUGCACAUUGUCGCUUUACAUCUGAUGACGCUCAAUGACGAAAGUGGUGGCAGUCUCGAGAAGCCGGCAGGUGUCUUGACAAUUGUCAUUGGUACGGUAUACUUUACUACCAAGGUAUGACGUAUAAUUUAAUAGGAAAAAAAAUGAUAAGGAUUUUAGCGCGACUGGCGCAAAUUGAUUCGAGGUGCGUGGCAUUUAUAUUGAUCAUCUCGCAAGAUUAACCUCGUUCACAGACGGGAAAAUAAUUUAUGCCGCGCGGUCACUCGCAUGAAACUGAUGUGAAAUCAGUUUGCGAAUUAGAAGAACAACGCAACGCAAUAUUUUCUAAGUUCAUAGAAAUGUGAUAUUCAAAGAAAACCUGUCACAUGUUGGAUAAGGAAAAAUUAUAACGCAGAUGAUCGAGCUGAAUAUUCAAAAUGAUUUCUCAAAUGUCGCAUGUGAUGACCCUCGCUAAUAGCAUUAUAGGUGUGAGCGUCCUGGCGAUGCCCUUUUGCUUUAAACAAUGUGGUAUUGUACUGGCAGUUCUAGUGCUGCUUCUGUGCAGUGCCUUGUCUCGACUGGCCUGUCAUUUUCUUGUCAAAUCGGCUGUAAUAUCGAGAAGGCGCAACUUUGAGCUGCUUGCCUUCCAUGCAUUCGGCCAUAUGGGAAAGUUCUUGGCAGAACUGUUUAUUAUUGGCUUCAUGUUGGGAACAUGUAUUGCCUAUUUCGUCGUUGUUGGCGAUCUGGGACCACAGAUAAUUGGCAAGAUGAUGAGCAAAAAUCCAGCAGACAUUCGUACUAGUUUGCUUAUCUUUACUGGAGUCUUUAUAGUCCUUCCCUUGGGACUACUUCGUAAUAUUGAUAGUCUGUCUAGCAUUUGCACUGCUACUAUUGUCUUCUAUCUCUGUCUUGUGUUGAAGAUCAUAGGUGAAUCAACUUUACACAUUUUUAUGGGAGAUUGGUUUAACAGUGUUAAUUAUUGGAGACCAGCAGGUAUCCUCCAAUGUUUGCCAAUAUUUUCUAUGGCUCUUUUCUGUCAAACACAAUUAUUUGAGAUAUAUGAAACCAUUCCAAAUGUAUCUUUAGAAAAGAUGAACGACGUUGUACGAGGAGCGUUAAAUAUAUGUACACUUGUAUAUAUGUGUGUUGGCUUGUUUGGUUACGUUGCAUUCUGUACCCAAUCAUUCACAGGAAAUAUUUUAUUGAGUUUAGAACCUAGCAUAACAUCAGAACUGAUUAAACUGGGAUUUGUAUUUUCGGUCGCAUUCAGUUUUCCUCUAGUCAUAUUUCCAUGUCGUGCGAGCUUGAAUUCUCUUUUAUUUCGCCGAGUGUAUACACAUGAACCAUCUGUCAAUUAUUUACCAGAAUCCAGAUUCCGAUGUUUGACUAUUGUGAUAGUUAGCAUUUCUCUGCUCAUCGGUAUUUUAGUGCCAAACAUAGAAUUUGUUCUCGGCAUUGUUGGUUCAACGAUCGGAGUAAUGAUUUGUUUAAUAUUCCCGGCAGUAUUCUUCGUAUCUAUAAGUAGCAAAAAUACUAAUGAAAGAUUAGUGGCACAGGGCAUUUUAAUCGUCGGCGUUUGGAUUAUGAUUCUUGGUACAUACGCGAAUUUAUAUGCCAUGGAGGAGUCUACAAAUAUAAAAUUAGCAGUGACUAAUAAACCGCUCGUUCCAAUCAAUAAUUUACCAUUAGAUUUAAUUAAGGACGAUUUGCAUAUCAUUCCCGAUAUUCCUAAUAGUCUAGAACUCAUACCCAGAGCAAAAGAUAAAAUUAAUCAACUAUCUGAAAUAAACAGUCUCGAAAAAACGUUGGAUUUAAAGGCGAAGGAUGUUCGACAAGAGCCGCCAAUACCUGUAGAACGUAUAAUUGUUACCGAAAAGCCAAAUGUCGAAAAGUCUGAUAAAAUAGUAGUAGGCUCUUUUAUGCCAGAAAUAAAAAAUAUAGCUGAACCAAUUAAAAAUGAUAAUUUAAAUGAGCAAUCACAAGUUGCCAUAAAUACCGAAAUCGCUAAAAUCGAUGAAUCCAUUACUUUGAAAGCAGAAGAAAAGAUAAAGAUAAUCGAGGAGAAAGAACAGUCUAUGGAUUUGCAGAAGAAUGAUAAUCUUAUUAAUUUAGACGCGAUAAAGAAAGAGGAGUCAGAGUUGGCAGCUGACGGAGACAUUGCUAAUGCCAGAGCCGCGGAACGACAUGAACAACUCAGAAAAACAUUGGAGAAACAUAAAUUGGAACAACGUCAGAUGAUGCAAGAGCAAAAGGAGAUUUUAAAGGACAUCAAGGAACAAAAACAAGAGUUUGAAAGGGAGAAACAGAGAAUGGCACAGGACGAGGUUCUCAAAAAGAAUAAGAACAAGAUUAAUACGAAAGAUGUCUUGCCGGAGAGCAAAAAUAACUUGAAAGAAAAUAAUGAAAAAGUUGCGGAGCACAAUGAAAUUAUUAUUGAAAAUAAUAAAGAAGUUUUAGAAGAAAAGAAAUGGGAUACUGCAGAUAAAAUAAAGUUAAACGAAAAAUCACAGCUUCGAGAUGAAAAUAAUGCGAACACCAUGGUUGAAAAUAACAAGAAAAAAUUAGAUUCAUUUAAGGAAAUUAUUCAAAAUAAAGAUAUAGGAGAAACACAGAAAAUAUUAGAAAAUACGUUAGAUAAAUCUAAUGCUGUUAAAGAAAUAAUAGCCGAUCGUGAAGCAUCAGAGAAAUCAUUACAAAAAGAACAGCAAAAUAAAACAAAAAUAAAAAGAAUAGAAUUUAACAACUCGAAAAAUAUGAAAGGUCCUAUCUUGAACGUUUUAUCAAAAGGAAUUUUACAGAGAUCUAUUGUGGAAGGAGGAUUAGCUAAAGAGAACGAUAAUCAGAUAAAGGAAGAGAAGAGAGAGGUUUUUAUAAAUGAAAUUGCUAACGCAUCAGACAAAUUGCAAGGAAAAUAUGAUGAUAAAUAUUUAAUACCUAUAGCAUUAAAAAUGACAAAUCAAUCGAAAUUGGAUAAGGCAAUCAUUUCAUCACCAAACAAAAGUGAACCAGAAGUUCUCGUUAUACGUCGAGAUAUUUUGGAGAAUAAUGAACGAGAAAAAAGAGAUGUCGAUAUAGAAGUGAAUAUGAACGACGUGAAAAUAAAUAGCGUUUUGACUGAAAAAUCUGAGUCUCUUAAUAAAGAUGCUGACAAUACGAACGGCGAAACCUGCUCGAAAUUGCAGGAUAGUUCAAAAAAAUCAGAGGCAGAGCCAGAAUCUGAAAAAAAAAUAAUUAAAUCGAGUACAACCGAAGUGCCUCUGAUUAAUACAAAUCUUUAUUUAUCCGAGCAAAGAAUAACGAAAACGAUUUCUAUGGAGCAACAGAUUGCUCUAGAUUCAGAGCAUGCAUUUCAGGAUAUGAAACAUGAAGAUUCAAAAAUAUUCAGUCCUAAAGAUAAAACCGAAAUAUAAAUAGCUAAUAAUAAUAAAAAAAAAAAAAUCAAAUGAACGACAUAAUACAAAGUGAAUUUGUAAAUUGUGAUCAUUCAUUACUUUCCAAGUUGUGUUAUUUUUGUUUAUGAUUAUUGAAUUACUGUUAAGUGCAAUGGAAAUUUAUUUUCAGAUGUGUGCGUGUAUAUAUUAAGAUAUCACAAUAUAUUUAUAAUAUGUAAUAUAAUUGUACAAAUGUGCGCGAUCUUUAACGAGACUGCUAUAUAUGCUAUUCUAUAUACUAUAUUUUUCUGUCUACAACACGUGGCAAUUGUAAAAAUAAUACGAAUAUUAGUCGAGAAUAUUUGAUUAGGUAUAGGACCAAAUAUAGCUGUAUUUUUAC